CAAGGCAUGCCCUGCAGACCCACAAGCCCCAAGCCCAGGAGUCCCAUGGCUGGGGCACAGAGGGUGGAUCUCUGCCUUGCAGGCAGGACUAGUGCAGUUUCCAUGGUCUCUCUCAGAAGUGACAGGGACACCAACAGAUGUUCAGAAGUCCCCGAACGGCCUAAGGCAUCCAAGGCCAGGGCGAGCCUCUUACUCUCUCUGCAAACACUAAACCAGAACGACCAGAAGGAAGACAGGAGCACGUGUCAGUGUCACCAUGGCCUGGGCACAGUGCCCUUCCUUAGGGACCUUCCUGGGAAUGAGAGCACCCAGGAAAGCCCGCCAGAGGAGAAGCUCGAUUGUUCCCACGAUCAGAACACUGGCGCAGAGCCUACUCAGAGGCCAGUGUCUGCCGCUGAAGUCGUGACAUGGACCCUCCCCUCCAUCUCCGCAGAGCAAGUCCCCAGAGAGGCGCCUUUACAGUUCAGGAGGGCCCCUCAGCGCUCCCACGUCAGCUUCGACGACCUAUGGAUCGAAAAGACUCAGAGAAGGAAGCUGGAGAAGCAGAUGCUGCUUAGAAGACAGAUGAGCACAGGGUUAGCGCCCGUGGACCCAGUUCAGUGCUGGAGGAAGACAACGGUCACCUCUCCAGAGUCUCCACCUCCCUAGAAGAAGCCACCUGCUCUCCCAGAGUGCCCCAAUGGGACUGGACCACACAGGCUGGCCAGAGCCCAUGCCCAACACUGGGAUGCCCGAUGGAACCCUGGACGCUGUGUGUGCAGAGGAAACAGGCAGUGAGGAGGACCUCUAUGAAGACCUUCACAACUCAGGCCACCACUACAGCCACCCUAGAGGAGGUGGAGAGCAACUGGCCAUCAAUGAGCUCAUCAGUGAUGGCAGUGCGGUGUGUGCUGAAGCCCUGUGGGACCAUGUCACCAUGGAUGACCAGGAGCUGGGUUUCAAAGCUGGGGAUGUCAUCGAAGUGAUGGAUGCCACCAACAGAGAAUGGUGGUGGGGCCGAGUUGUAGAUGGAGAGGGAUGGUUCCCUGCCAGCUUUGUACGGCUGCGCGUGAACCAGGAUGAGCCCGCGGACGACUACGAGGCCCCGCGGGCCGGGGCUGGAGAGGCCGAUGACAGCGGCCCAGAGGCCCAGAGCUGCAAGGACCAGAUGCGCACAAAUGUCAUCAAUGAGAUCCUCAGUACUGAGCGGGACUACAUCAAGCACCUUCGCGACAUCUGCGAGGGCUACGUCCGCCAGUGCCGCAAGCGGGAGGAUAUGUUCAGUGAGGAGCAACUGCGCACUAUCUUUGGGAACAUCGAGGACAUCUAUCGAUGCCAAAAGGCGUUUGUGAAGGCUUUGGAGCAGAAAUUCAACACAGAGCGGCCACACCUGAGCGAGCUAGGUGCCUGCUUUCUGGAACAUCAAGCAGACUUCCAGAUCUAUUCGGAGUACUGCAACAACCACCCCAAUGCCUGCGUGGAGCUCUCCCGGCUCACCAAGCUCAGCAAGUACGUGUACUUCUUUGAGGCCUGCCGGCUGCUGCAAAGAAUGAUUGACAUCUCGCUGGAUGGCUUCCUGCUGACCCCAGUGCAGAAGAUCUGCAAGUAUCCCCUCCAGUUGGCCGAGCUGCUCAAGUAUACACACCCCCAGCACAGGGACUUUAAGAAUGUCGAGGCUGCCUUGCACGCCAUGAAGAAUGUGGCCCAGCUCAUCAACGAACGGAAACGGAGACUUGAAAACAUCGACAAGAUUGCUCAGUGGCAGAGUUCCAUCGAGGACUGGGAGGGGGAAGAUCUCCUGGUCAGGAGCUCGGAACUCAUCCACUCGGGGGAACUGACCCGUGUUACACAGCCUCAAGCCAGGAGUCAGCAGAGAAUGUUCUUUCUCUUUGACCGCCAGCUCAUCUACUGUAAAAAGGAUCUGCUCCGCCGGGAUGUGCUGUACUACAAGGGCCGGCUGGACAUGGAUGACCUGGAGGUGGUAGAUGUGGAAGAUGGGAAGGACCGAGACCUCCAUGUGAGCGUCAAGAAUGCCUUCCGUCUGUACUGUGGCACCACGGGAGACAGCCACUUACUAUGUGCCAGGAAACCGGAACAGAAGCAGCGCUGGCUGAAGGCCUUUGCCAGAGAGAGGGAGCAGGUGCGGCUGGACCAGGAGACAGGCUUCUCCAUCACUGAGCUGCAGAGGAAGCAGGCCAUGCUGAAUGCCAGCAAGCAGCAAGCCACAGGGAAGCCUAAAGCUGUCGGCAGGCCAGGAUACCUGACCCGCCACAAGCAUCCAUCAUUGCCUGCCAGCCGGCCCCAGCAGCAGGUGUUGGUGCUAGCAGAGCCCAGGCGGAAGCCGUCUAACUUCUGGCACAGCAUCAGCCGACUGGCGCCCUUCCGCAAGUGAGCCAGUACCCGUCAGACAACCUGACAGCACUUUGUGGACCCUCCCUUUCCUCUCUGAGGCCUACACCAUCAGGCCCUCUGCCUGUUUUACAAACUGGAAGUGAACAGGCACAGCGGCAAGCUGCUAUGAAGUCUGGGCCCUGCCUCCGGCCCCUUCCCACGGCUAGUGUGCGGGUACCAGCCUCUGCCUAUACUCUGGGCCUGUGCAGAGCCUCCGUCAAUGGUAAGCCUGCACGACGCAGCUCAGAGCCUGUGGCCGGGCUGUGCACAUGGCUCAUCUGCUCUGGACAGUCUUUGGGAAUCUCAUCUCCACUCCUGUUUCCUCUGGGUAGGAGACCAAAACCUGUGCCCAUGAGCCACCUGCCAAAGCAGGUGUGUGCCCCUCUGCUCCUUAUUUUUCUGUUCAGGCCCCCAGCGCACUUGCAGCU